AAACCCCUCUUCUCCGUGUCUAUGAAAGCACGACCUAAAAGCCAACUCUCUCUUCAGAGUCUCUCUUCCAAGGAUCAAUGGCUCUUCGGUUUUUGUACUCUCCCUCGAAGACUCGCUUCCCUUAUGAGCAACAGCGAUUCUCACGCACGCCUGUAUCCAAUACUAUCGCCUAUAAUCUUCCUUUUUCUUGCGCUCUCUCACCCCUCUCUCAUCCCUCUCCUGCCCAUACGCAUACCCUUUCCGCUAAGGCCAAAAGAGUAAGAAACUUCGUUUUGUAUUUCUCUUCUACCGCGCAAGAACAAGCUCUUGAUUCUGUCUCCGCCCAAAGCGACGACUCGGAACCAGCACCGACAGAAGAGUUUUCUCGAACCAGGUUGAUUGCCCAGAACGUACCUUGGACUUGUACCGUUGAAGACAUUCGCGCUCUCUUCGAGAAGCAUGGAACGGUCCUAGACGUUGAGCUUUCUAUGCAUAACAAGACCAAAAACAGAGGCUUAGCGUUUGUCACUAUGGGUUCGCCUGAGGAGGCUCGUAUGGCUCUCAACAAUCUCGUAUCCUAUGAGUUAGAGGGCCGAACUAUAAAGGUCAAUUAUGCCAAAGCACGAAAGAAGAGACCUUCCCCUUCCCCUCCCGUGCAACCAAACCCAGUAACGUUCAACUUGUUUGUGGCAAAUUUGCCGUUUGAAGCAAGGUCAAAAGAUCUCAGAGAGUUCUUUUCAGGGAGUGGUGACGUUGUUUCUGCGCAAGUUAUAUUUCAUGAUAGUCCAAGAAAGUCCUCUGGGUAUGGAUUUGUGGCCUUCAAAUCCAAGAAAGAUGCCGACGAAGCUCUUCCUGCUUUCCAAGGGAAGAUGUUUAUGGGAAGACCAAUUCGAGUGGCACGAAGUAGACAAUAUGUUAAACUACGAGCAGAGGAGGGUGCCGAGUCUGUAGAUACAUCGAUUGAGUCAACCCCUUCUAGUGUAGAGCACGCAGAUUCUGCUAAUGAGAACUGAACAUGAACUUUUCUGGGUACAGUAUGAAUACACUUAAUUUUUUUUCUGUAUGAUUAAUUCGGUAAAGCUUCGUAUCUUUCAUCAAUCCUAUGAGUUAGACGCUAUAUAAUCAUUGAGGCAGCAUGCCUUAUUUCGAUCA